GCCAACGCGAGUCGUCAUGACAACAGAAUUGUUUGUUCAAUCUUGUGCGAAAUUUUGGAAGUCAUUUUAAGUAAUUAUACAAAAUGUUGAAAUUGCAGAUCGCUAACGAGCGAGACCGAAAGGAAGCUCAGAACAGAGAAAGGAGGAGACAAUGCGAGCUCGAGAGAAGAUCUAGAAUCUUCAAUGCUAGAAAUAGGAAGAUUGGCGUGGACGUGCCGUUUCUGGAGCGUCAGAUAGCUGAAAAGAACGCCGAACGCGAUGAGCAGAAGAGAAGGGACCUGGCCUUUGCCCAACAGAUGAUCAAGGAUAGCAACUUAGCUGUCGUGUUGGAAGCCAGGGAAUUAGAGGAGCGACGUCGCAUCGGCGUGGAAAUCGACGCAUUCCGCCAUAACUAUCAAAGGAUGGAGGAUCGGAGAGAGUACGACCUGAAUGACCCUGAGGUGCUGAAGAAGCAGUUGCCUCCGAGAGCCAGCGACGGCGACCCCGUCGGCAUGUCCAGCGCGCAGAAAUUUGAGGGCGAAGAUCUGAACUACGAAGAGCGCAAAAAACUGAUGGCGUCGCAGAAGAACGCUUGGCUGGAGCAGCAGGUGCAGGAGCGGAAGGCGGCUGAAGAGGAACGCAAGAAAGCAGAGGCGGCCUAUAUGAUGGCGAUAAAAGCCCGCGACGCGCGUGCUAGCGAACUAGAUAAAUUAGAGCAGGAAUGCCGAUACAGGCUUGGACAAGCAAAUCUGCGGUACAACGAAGCACUGGCGGCAGAAAAGAAGCAACUCGAACAAAUAAUAAAAGAACAAGAGGAAGCCGAUAACACAGCCGAGAUAUACAACAACCUCACGUCGGACAUGCUCACCGAGAACCCUGACGUCGCCAAGAGCGCCUUCGGGAAGGACAGAGCUAUCGGUUUUAUGUACAAAGGUAUGAAUCAAGAAGAACUGAAGAAGUUCUACGCUGCACAAAAAGAACAAAUGGCCGCUGCCAAGGCUAAGCGUGAAGCAGAAGAGAAGAUGGAAGCAGAGUGGCAGGCGCUUGCCAAAUCCAUACAACGGGAGGUGGCGCGUCAGGACAUCCAGGAUCAAAGAUUGAGAAGGGAAAUAGCAAGGCAGCUCAUGGAAGAGAAUCAGCUAAUGGCGCUCCAGCAGAAGGAGAAAGAAAAGUACUACAAGGAAGUGGUGUAUAACAAUACUCCCACUGACGAAUACUACGCCCAAUUCAAUACUACCACCAGAUAAAUUUACUGUGGACAGCGCCCUUAACGAUAAAGUUGAUGUUCAUGCAUUCUUAACAAUAAAGAUAUUGGGUUCAAAUUUUAUUGAUAUUAACAGUUGCAUAUUAGCGGUUAGGGUUGGGCUUCUCAAAACAUGUUUGCAACCAAAAUUAAUGAUAUAAAUUAACAGGAGAGUAAAAGAAAGUUUCCGUGUGUAGACCAUUUCAACUUUUUUUAAGGGUGUGUUGACGUAUAAAUUGCAAGCUGAUUGCAAAAAACAAAACGUUUUAUUUUAUUUAAUUAGCAUACCCGAACACACAGCAUUUCGCACUUUCCUUACCUACAUUUUUGUAAUAAUGUGCAUGUCAUAAAGUUAGAGAAAUAAAACAAAUUGCUUAGAG